AACAAAGAUGUGAAUGUGGAAAAAGAAAAGAAUGUGAUGAAAAAUAUUCCUGUAAUAAAAAAAGGAUCAUUGGACAGUGUGAAAGUUGAUUUAGGUGACCAAAAUGAAAAAAAAGAAAAGAGUUUUAUUCAGAUAGAUCCAUCUUAUGCACCUAAAGUUUUAAGAAAGAACAGUGCUCUCCGAAGAAUCAAUUCUGAAGGAAGCAAUGAAGCAAGAGUUUUAGUUUUGUACACUGGAGGUACAAUAGGAAUGGUUAGAACAGAAAAAAAAGUUUAUGCGCCUAUGUGUAAUGUUAUGGAAGACAAUCUGCGAAGAUUUCCCCAGCUUUAUGAUGAUACUUAUGCCAAAGAAAUCUGCUCUCUGGAUAGCAACAAGACCCCACUUGUUCUUCCGGAAACUGGAGAUCCAAAACGUGUUAUUUACACAAUCUAUGAAUAUGAUCCUUUGCUAGAUUCAUCCAACAUGACCAUGGAUGAUUGGAUACAUAUAGCUCUAGAUAUCAAACAAUCAUAUGAAGAGUUUGAUGGCUAUGUCAUUCUUCAUGGUACGGAUACUUUGGCUUACACGGCAUCAGCACUCUCUUUCAUGUUGGAGAACUUAGGAAAGACAGUUAUUGUUACUGGUUCUCAGAUUCCCCUGUUUGAGCCACGGAGUGAUGGACGAGAAAAUUUUCUCAGUUCACUUAUCAUUGCAGGAAAUUACAUAAUUCCUGAGGUUACUGUCCUCUUCAACAAUCAACUCUUUCGAGGCAACCGAACAAGUAAAAUUAGCACCAGCAGCUUGGAUGCCUUUGCAUCUCCAAAUAUGGCACCCCUUGCAACUGUUGCCAUUAAAAUACAUGUAAAUUGGCAAAACAUUUUCCAACCUACAACAAUUGAAAAGUUCCGUGUCCAUGACAAGUUAAAUCAGCAUGUGGGUCUUUUGCGACUUUUCCCCAGUAUAACUGUCGAAGUGGUGAGAGCUUUUCUCAUGCCUCCUAUACAAGGAGUUGUUCUACAGACUUAUGGAGCAGGUAAUGGCCCCACUCACAGACUGGAUCUGCUAGAUGAACUAAAAAGGGCAUCUCAUAGAGGUGUAAUAAUUGUAAACUGUUCUCAGUGCUCUAGUGGUCGAGUUGAUCCAUACUAUGAAACAGGAAAUGCUUUGUUGGAGGUUGGAGUGGUGCCAGGCUCGGAUAUGACUCCUGAGGCAUCCUUGACCAAACUAAGUUAUGUACUGAGCAAGUCAGAAUGGACCAUAGAUACAAAGAGAAAGAUGAUGCAGACCAACUUGAGAGGUGAGCUCACUGUGGCCAAAGAAAUCAGGCUUGAAGACAAAGAUUUGAUUACAGGAAUUAUGACAGCCAUGAGACUCUCAUCAGCUGAAGAAGUUGAUGGCCUUCGAUGUGCUCUUUAUCCCUCCAUUCUCUGUACAGUGGCUGCUAAAGGAGACCUUGAAAAACUUGAAAUAAUGAGGCAGUUUGGAGCUCAUCUGUCUGCCGGUGAUUAUGACUUCCGAACCCCACUACACAUAGCUGCUUCAGAGGGUAAUAUCUGUGUUGUAGAAUAUCUCUUAAAGCAUGGGGCCAGUGUGCACAUGAGAGAUCGAGAGCAGAAGACACCCAUACAAAAUGCCAUUGAGUUUGAUCAUCAUGAAGUAAUUGAAGUAUUACGAAAAGCAGGAAGUCAUCUUACUAUACCUCCCUUGAUUCUGGCAGACUAUUUAUUGAAUGCUGCUAAACGUAAUGAUGUUCGACGCCUGAUGUCUUACACACUGGCUGGAGCCAACUUGAGUGAACCUGAUGCCUGUGGUCAAACUGCUCUUCACAUGGCAGUAGAAGCAAAUAAUGAAGAUGCAGUGCGGUACUUGCUGAGUAAAGAUGCAAUUACUAAUAGCUAUAAUGUAUAUGGUCACACACCUCUUGAUGUUGCCAAUACAUUAGGAAGAAAGAAACUGUUAGAUCUGCUGAAGGCUCAUGAGAUUGGUAAUUCUACAGAUGUGUACGACGUUUCGAUCACUGGUGCGAUAAUUUCCACGUUCACAAGAUACAAAAUCUAUCCAGAUCCAAAGACCUAUUACCUACCCCUGUGUGUUCCAGGAUCGUAUAUAAAUACACGUGAUGGCUGUAAUGCCAAUUACACCUGCGAACAUAUGGAAUUAUCAAGAACAACUGGUAAACAACUACCAAAUCUUCCAGAUUCCGCAAUUCACACACAGUGAAAACAACAACAACCUCAUCUUGAUUAAUAAUUUCCAAACAUUCUCAUCUGGAUCAUCCAUUAUUGAACUUUUAAUUAAAUAAAGUUUAUCUAUUAUAAGUGAACU